AUGUUCCCACACACAAUGAGGCUCGGGCACCGCCCCAAGAGUGUGGACGUCGACGACUUCAUUGCCAAGCGCGAGAGGCGACGGGCCCUGAAGAAGAAAGUUGCAUCCGUCUUCAAGCCUUUUCACUUUCAUCUUCACCAUCAUCACGACCAUGGCACUCAUGAAAGUCACGACUACGCGCACGCGAAGGACGACCAUGAUGCCACACCGCCCGAAUUGCUUCAGCUUUCCGAUCCGACCAUCAUGUCCCAUGAUUCCCACCACGAAGUCGCGACAUCCUCUUCUGGAUCUUCCACUGGUAUUUCCGAUGUCGACAGUGAUGAGGAAAUGGAGGUUGACGUCGAUAGUCAACUGCCCGUUACGGAAGAGUGCAAGCCUGAAGCGAAGGUCGAUGUCGCAGCCUGCAAGGAGACGGUCACGACCAUUCUUUCGCUCAGUGUGAUGUAUGCCAUUGGCAGUCAACCAAUGCCAAGCCCAGAGGAGGAAUACAUCGACGUGCCAUUGAUUGAUGCCAAGGUGCUUCCGCUAGAGUUACAGAACGAGAUUGCCAACCACUACAACCAGCGUCACGAACCCGCCGCCAUGCAACAUCCUCUUUCGGAAGAACUCACGGCGGAGAUUACUGCCUACGGUCCCCCCGAACCAACCCCACUCUGGCGUCCUCUUACUCGGGAAGCCAUCGCGGAGAUCGCCGACCGCUACAACGAACGCCCAGAGCCCGCCACCCUCCAACGCCCCCUUCCCCCCAAGCUAAGCUUGGAGAUUGUGAGCUUUUCGUGGCCUGCACCAGCGGCGGAACAAACACAAGAGGCGUCUACCUGUGAUGCUCUGGUCCUUGCCAAUUCGUCCUCAUCCGAUGAAGACUUGACGGCCCUCAAGACCAAGUGUGCCAACUUGUCCACCAUCACGGAACUCUUGUCGAAGCAACUGGUCGAGUCCACUCUUACCAAGAAGCGCGAACACAUCACUCAACGAAAAGAGUCCAAGCUGUACCGUGACAUGAUUCGUCAGCUCGAAGCCAAGCACCGAGCAGAGAUGACCAGUUGGCAAUCCGACAAGCGAUACUUGGAAGAAAAGUUGCGGUUCAACACCAAGGAGAGCAUCCCACCCAGCAUUCGAUCGGCCUCCCCACCACCCAAAUCGGUCCGCUUUGAGGAAGACGAAAAGGCAAAGAAAGCAAACACCCUUCAUCGACGAAGCUUUAUGGAUGCAUUCGUGACACCCAUGGAGCUCUGCACAUCUUCCCCCGUCAAAGGGCAGCCAUCAAGAGCAUCCUUCUCCAUGGCAUCCACAAUGAUCAUGCAGAACAGGUUCUUGCCAGCUAUGUUGUCAGCUGUGGCCCAGGCCCAAGACUUGAAGAAGCCCUAA